GUGCGUUUGAGGUGCGUCUUAGCGAACACGGGGUCGCCGCAAGGGAUGACGGAAGUGGACAAGGAACGCUGGUUCGUCUGCACGCAUCGGCUGCCGAGUUCGACCGUGCUGCCGACCAAUGAUCAUGUCGUAUCGAUCCUGCUGCAGGCAGCAGAGCUGCUGCCGCAGAAGAAGCUUCAAUUCGAGCAGCAAUUCGUGGAUCGUCCUGAGCCGGGUACGCAAUUGCUCAUCUUUCUAAGAGAUGGACAUCUACCGCCCGACGGAAUACGCUAUGCGCCUUCCUAUGUGGUCACACGGACGCCUCCGACCGGUAUGGCAUCAGAGAAUUUGCCCAUGGAGACGAGAGACGAGUUGCGGUUCGGCAAUGCUGACCUCGAAGUCGUCACGACCCAUUCUGGCUUUCUUCCGCCUAUCACGCCUGACCGUCCCGUCGAUCCAUCGGAAUGCGAUCUAUCACGCUAUAGAGUGAGAUACAGGCUCACUCGGGGCGGCAUGCCUCAGCUCUGCGUGGUCUACUAUGGUCGAGAUCCAUCGAGAAUGGCCAAUGCCUUGACGGGCCAGAUCCCGCCUGAAUGUCGCAUCCCACCCAAUCAAGGUUGGGAACGUCAGCCCAUGAGACGGUAUCCUCUUCCGGGAAUGGACAUGCCUCAGGGCAGUACCCACACUGCACCGCCGCCCAUGGCCCACUCGCAAACGCAGCAGAGAGACCAACACGCACAACAAAUGAUGAUGGCUGCCGCUGCCAAAGCCGCUCCUCAGAACGGUGCCUCAGCUCAACAGAGCCCUGCAGUACCUACAUCGACAGUUUCACAGGGUCCAACAUACUCACAGCCAUCUGCACAAGCACUGGCUGCGCAGCAACAGGCACAACAGCAAGCUCAGCAGAUGCGAUAUGCUCACCAGCAAGAAUUGCAAAGGCGUGAGAUGGCACAGAGACAACAACAAGAACAGCAGCAGCAGCAGAAAGAGAUGGCGCAGCGACAGCAGCAAGAAGUGCUGCAGCAACGACAGAUGCAGGAGCAUUUGCUUGCACAGAGGAACGCGGCAAUGCAACAGGCGCAGCAGAUGUCGGGCAUGCAGACCGGUCAUGCCAAUCCUAUGCCUAUGCAAGCCGCCAUGACGCCACAGCAAGCUGCUCUGAUGGCGGCGCAAGCUCGCAGCGGUCCUGCUAUGAACCGUUCGACGCCGCAGCAGUCAGCCCGUGUGCCUCCCUCUGUCCAGCAAACGCAGCAGAUAGCUGCCUAUCGAGAGCAACAGCAACGACAGGCAGCUCAACGUGCUCCACUGCAACAGGCACAGGCUAGUCAAGCAGAGACACCGGACUUACAGGGCGAUGCGAGAGAUCUCUGGACUGAGCGACAGCUUGCUUUGCUACGCUUACAGCGUAACCAGGCGAUGAUCAAUCCCAUCUUUGAUGCCCACUCGACACAGCAGCUCUUGCUGCAUCAGGCUGCGCUCAUGGGCGCCCUGCCACCCAAUGCAGCUCAUGCGCCUGCAGAAGAGCUGCUUGACGAGAAGCACAAGCUCAAGGCCGGGCCGAUGCCCCUGGACGAUUACAACACGCUUCGGACUCAGUCAAAGGCAAACCUGGCCGAAAAGCUCGAGAAGCUGCGAUCAGAGUGUGACGUGCUGACGCAGACACAUGCUGCACGCAUGGCAAGCCUGCGUUCGCAGCCAGGUACGGUCUGA